GAAAGGAAUCAGUCGGGGCAAGAGACUCCUCAUUCCUUUGGAAUAUCUCAAAAGUGUCUGAAACAUUGUUAACAUUAUAGUGCGGCGGUGCUGUUCGGUGAAGUAUUUCGACAGUUGGAAUUCAAUUAGCACUUAUUACUGCGCCUAAAGUGCCUUGAGAUAAUUUUCUUUAAACACUCAAAGAGAGAAAAAUUAGCCUUAUAUCUGUUAGGCUUAUGCAUAAAUCAUCCGUUAAUGUAUCGUUCCCUUUCUAAGGUUGAUUAUUUUCAAUGUAAAAAAAAAGUUUUAUUCGUCAAAUCUCACCUAAAGAUCCAGGAGUUCCAAAGAUUUAGAAAAAAGGCUCUAAGGCUUCUUGAAAUUGUCCAACUAGGGAAAUCAGAAAGGGCAAACAUCUUAAAGUUUACGCUACGUGCCCUUCAAUUACUGGAUUUCAACAUUUCGGGGAUCAGUGUCAUCGGGUGGUUGGUUUCAAACUAGACUAAAAUGUCUUAUGCGUAUCUUUUUAAGUAUAUUAUUAUCGGUGAUACAGCUGUUGGAAAAUCAUGUUUACUUCUUCAGUUCACAGACAAACGUUUCCAACCGGUAUACGAUUUGACUAUUGGUGUUGAAUUCGGUGCCAGAAUGGUAAACAUUGCUGACAAGCAGAUUAAACUUCAAAUAUGGGACACGGCUGGACAAGAAUCAUUCCGGUCCAUAACAAGAUCAUACUAUCGAGGAGCAGCUGGAGCUCUUUUAGUUUAUGAUGUUACGAGACGUGAUACAUUUAAUCAUCUUGCAUCUUGGUUGCAAGACGCUCAACAGCAUGCUAGUCCAAAUAUGGUUAUUACAUUAGUUGGAAAUAAGUUUGACUUGGAUGCUAAACGUGAGGUUAAACAAGAAGAAGGCGAAUCUUUUGCUCGGGAGCAUAAAUUAUUAUUUAUAGAAACGUCAGCUAAAACUGGAGCAAACGUCGAACAGGCUUUUUCUGUUACUGCACGCGCAAUUUACGAGCGUUUACAACAAGGUCUUCUGGAUAUCAACAAUGAUGUAAGUUUUCGUUACUUAGAAAGAGAUUCCUUUGACAAUAGGUAACUUGUUUUUAUAAACAGAUCUGUAGAUAUCUUGAUUUUGUGUGGAUUUAAACAGCUUGCUCACAAGUUUUGUGUUGACGUCUUGUUGUUUUACAGUAUACACACCUUGUUAUGACUAACAGCAAUCUAAUUUCUCUGUUACAACUUUCGUGGAAUCAAUGACUUUAGGGUAAUCUCUGUAUAAUAAUUAAGAUAUUUGUACGAAACAAGGUGGAGAGAGAAUGAAAAUAAAUUACUGGACAGCAAAAAUAACCACAGGACUCAGUUUUAUGUAUUGAUUAAUUGGAUACUUUAUUCAAAAGUGAAUUGGAUGACUUCGUCGAAAAGAAAAUUUUCUUCGCUGCAAUUGUCUUCUUAUUAACUCCUAUAACCCAAUGUGUAUAUUCCGUGAAAAGUGAAUUCAAAAUUUUUUUAAGUGAAAUGAUUUUAAUCAGUGGUUAGAGUGCACAGUUUAUUACCAGUAUUGUAUGCAUUAAUUGUGGGAACAGACCGACAAUUUAGGAGAGGGAUUAUUUUCUCGAGCAAAUAGUGAGUUAUCUUGUUAUUUAGUUCAAAAUAUAUUCAGUAACAUGGAUAAGGAUCCUGCAUGCUCAUCAGUAGAAAUCAGAGAAAGAAGUAAGUCUUAAUAAUGUGGUUGAACAACAGUCUAAGAAUGUUUAGCAUGAAUUACAUCCCUGUCAACUGUAAAGUUGUGCCAUAAAAUAGGUUUAAACCAACUUCUGGUUUAAAUAUAGGUAGUGGAAAACUGUUGUGAAGAUUGUAUCAACUCUAAUGGACUAAUUGCUGACGAAGUCUCAUUCUGUGCUUUUUAUCUUGAGUCACCUCUGGUAUAAACGUGAUAUUUGACUGUAGAACAGCAUUUCUCUUUGUCCUGCGAUUUUUUUGCAAACGUGGUCGCUGAAGAUACUGGAUAUGUAAAGAUCUGUGGUUUCUGACCAUAGAUGUAAUCAUCCAGUUUCUCAAGGUAGUUGAAUCUGUAAUGAUCAGUAAUGGUAAGGUUAAUUGUAGGGUGUUAGAUAGACGUAAAGAUUUAACCGAUGAGGUUGUGAAUCCUCAUCGAAUGAGGUGGCUAGGAUACUUGACACGCAUUCGAAGCCAUGUUUUUCCUCGAGGACUAAUGCUGGCUGAAGUGGAAUUCAUUUUCACUCGGUUAUUUUCCCUUCAGUGCUACUCAUGCCUACUCCAUUAAAUUUCUGACUUUUGGUGUGAGUUACAUAUGAAGGUAUAAACAGUUUGACUGGUUAAUGCCUUCUAAAUGUUAAGAAUCAGUGUUUUUUGUGGCAUGACAUAGAUGUAUUCAUUACUAGUUGCCAAUCAAAUUCUGAAAAUCUCCACAGAUCUUUAUUUAAUUGUUCCCUCCCCCAAACGUUUUCGUUUAUUGUAGAUUCGCUACACUAACGCUUUGUACUUUUAUGUGUGGAUUUUGAAAGAGUGUCAACCUGAUCUGAUAAUCAUAUGUUCGAAGCUCUAUGUAGGCAAUUCAGUUAGUCAUUUUUAUUAAGUCUUAUAAUAGGUAAGCAUUUAGAGUACUGUAUUUCCACCUCGUCGGUUUGAUUUAUGCACUUUAGUUGUCUUGUUCUGCGUAGAUGGUAGUGUCCUGUUGCUUGAAGACGCCAAUGACUUACAGUCUUAUGGACAUUGCAAGUUAAUAAUGCAUGGGAUGUGUUAUUCAAUAUCUUAAUUGAAGAUUGUUAUUUCAAGAAUAGUUAGUGUCGAUAACUUUUCCGAUUCUAGAUGGUGAAUUGGGUGGUGGUUCUACCACUUCACAUACUUAGAUUGGUGGACAUAGCGUCACUAGUCAGAUUGUGUCAGGUGAUGUGACAGGGGUAUGUGACUGUACAUUAAUCGUUUAGAUUAAUGUGUAGCAAGUUGCUGCGCCCUACUCUAAGGCUGAAGAUUAUGGUCACACAGUUAGGAGAUGUCAUAAAGUCCUAAUUAUUUGACCGUCAUUGGUUUGCUGGCUUUUCAGACACUUGGCAGAAUCAUCAUAUGUGCUUUGUAGAAGUUGGGUAUAGAGUUCCAGAUAGAAUAGUAAAGUCAUUUGAAAGAGACUAUUAAUGAAUAUUUUCUGAGGUGCCCCAGUCAUGCAAAAUGCUUUACUGUCCACUAUCUAAUUUUGGAUUAUUUGACUCAAAACCAUAGAUCCACUUAUAUUGCCUCUUAACUGUAGCGUCAAUUCUCUUUACCCCCUUUUGUUUACAAUCUACCAUAUUUUUUGUAUUUGUUCAGUUCUUUUGUAUCUGGAUUUUUUUACUAAGUGCUUGGUGUGUAGAGUGAGUCAUAGCAACUUAGACCAUCAAACACGAGUACUACGUCCCAUGCUGAUAAUAUUUGUUUACCUCUUUGUUCUGCAAGUGUUCAGUUUCUUAUCCAAGAUACUGCUGAUAGGAUUUUCGAAGUACGCUUUUACAAUCUCUGUGUAUCAGCUUACUUCAUAAAUAUAUAUAAGAUAAACAUCGGAAUAAUGAAAUUAUGACUUUCGUCACUUUUAACUUUUACUUUAUACCCAUAAAUGUGUAUUUAUGUGUAUAUUGGUGAAAAUUAUUCGCUAUUUCUUUUUUUUUAAAAUAGGCAAACGGUAUUAAAUUGGGUCCUCAACAAUUGACCAAUCGACAGACUGGUUCUUAUGGUCCUGUCGGCUCAGAUACAGAUUCAAGUAAUACUCUAAGAAAACGUUGUUGUUAGUCUGUAACAACGAACAUGCGGUAUGGUCACUGCAUAACACAGGGAAAUCAACUGUCAGCUAAAACAGACAAUAAUAAACGGCAGUAAUCGAAAUGAUACAAAAAUAUUGUUGUUAUUAUUUCAGUAUGAUUCCACCAGAAAUCUUUCCUUUUUUUAUCUCAGUCAGUCGGUCAGUUUUAUGCUUUUUUUUUUAAAUUAACUAUUUCUUCGAGUUUUAACUCUGUUGGCUGUUUCAUUUUAUUUUGUUGUUUUCGUUCCAAAUAUUUCUUUGACUGUGAAUCGUGCACAUUUUAUAUUGACUUGUGUGAAUCCCCCUUAUAUAACUGUUUUUCUUUUUGUUGUUCAGUGACUUACCUUCACCUGUUGUUUACUUCUAUUCCUGAGUAUAUAUAUAUAUAUAUAUAUAUAUAUAUAUAUAUAUAACAUUCGUUUAUUUUUCAUUCCAAGAAAUCAUUACCAUUGUGAUGCUGAUCGGUAUUACAUUUAUUGUAUAUUAAUUACUUGAGGAGAAGUUUCUAGUAAUACAACACACGAAUAAUACUCGUAUCAAAAGUUGGUGAUGAUGGAUACUGUUCACAAAAUGAAACCGAACAGCGCUUAACUUUUAUGCCAAUACCUAUUCAAGGUGUUGAUGUUCGUAUGGAUUUAUUUUUAUUUUGUUAGGUAACUUACUGUGUAUGAACACCUGUACCUGUAUAUUUUAGGGCAUUGUCAGCAGGAAACAUGUGAUGCGCGCUGUCUGCCUCUUCAAUCAAGAUUGGUUAUCAAUCAAAUCUUUUUGUAAAAUGUGAUUGCUGUUCUUUGUUUUUUUUAAUAACUUUAAUUUGUUUUAUUUGAAUUACCUUUUGUUUUUGUUUCUAAAGGAAUAUUUACCAACUGCUUAUUUUUCUUUUUUCUUUUCGAAAACAUGUUUGUUUGUCUGUCUGUCAGAAAGUUUUUAAAACUAUUAGGCUUAUUUACGAAUGCUUACAAUAUCUUAUUCAUACAGAUUAUCAGAUACUGAAAUACAUUGCAUUGUUACUUAAUAUUGCUUUAUGAAAAUUAUGUAUCUGAUUCAUACGCUUCAGUCGAAUAUGUAGAACCAAAGAAGGAGGUACUUGUAUAAUUUACUGGAUUCACUGGUCAACCGGAUUUUUUUCGUAGUUGGAAAUUGAAUGCAUUACUGGCUACGUUUAUAAUAGUGUUUUACAUAAGACUGCUAAAUAAAUGCACUGUGAUUUUGUAUAGUACAGUUGUUAGUUAUUUGAAGGAAGUACGUCGUAUCAGAAUGAAUGCAACUGUUUAGAAAU